AAGAUGUGCGUACGCGAAAGUAAAAGUUUUCCCAGAAUUUGGAUUAUUUUCUUGGUUCUGGGCUUGGCCCAGGCCUUGACACAGGCGGAUACCCAAGGCACAGCAGAUCGUCAGGAGCUUCUUUUCAGCACAGCUGAGGAGACCCUUUUUAGUACAGAUAAGGCCAAGUUCGAUUGGCCCUGGUUCGGCAACAAGACCACCAAAGGCACACCCGCUGGUCUGAUUUUGAAGAAUGACUACAGCCAGAUGGACAUUUCCAGCUUCAGUGAUUUUGAGCGCCAUCCGUGCCGACGUGUGUGCCAGCAGGGGCAGACGCAAAGCUGCUACUACCAACUGGUGGUGCACAACUACCAGAGACUCGGCCCCGAGUGUCAACGCUGUCAGUUCGAUGAGCGAGCCUGUGCCGCCGAGCACUGCAUCUAUGGCGAUGGAGUGGCCUCGCCUGUGAUGGCUGUCAAUCGUAAGAUACCUGGUCCAGCCAUCGAGCUGUGCGAGAACGACACGGUGGUGGUGGAUGUGCUCAACUAUCUUGGCGAGCCCACUACCAUGCACUGGCAUGGGCUGAAUAUGGUGGACACACCGCAGAUGGACGGCGCUGCAUUUGUCACUCAGUAUCCGGUGCAGCCGGGCGAGGUGCAACGCUACGAGUUCAAGGCCGAUCGCGGUGGAUCGCUGUGGUACCACAGCCACAUGGGCUGGCAGCGGGGUUUCGGUGUAGCGGGACACCUGAUCAUACGGAAGACGCGUCAGGCCAACCAGCAUGCGCAUCUCUACGACUACGACCUUGUGGAGCAUGCCCUGAUGGUGCAGGACAUUUUCUACGAUCACGAACUGCAAACAGUGCGGAAUAUACUUAUCAAUGGCAAGGGCAGAAAUCAUCUGAAUCAGCUGCCAGAUAACGACAAUCGACACCGCUAUGAGCGUCUUAGAGUCACUCCUGGCUAUCGCUAUCGCAUGAGGGUCCUGCUCAAUGGUAUCGCCAACUGCCCCGUGGAAUUCUCCAUUGAGCAGCACAAGCUGCUGAUUAUCAGCACAGAUGGCAACGACAUCGAGCCCGUCCUAGCUGAUGGGUUUUUCUUGACCUCCGCGGAGAGAUUUGACUUUGUGCUGAAUGCCAAUCAGUUGUCCAAAAGCUAUUGGAUCAGUGUUCGCGGAUACGAGCAGUGCGAUGGUCGCAAACUGUAUCAAGGCGCUGUGCUCAGCUAUCGUGGCGCCACGCGCACUGAGCUGCCACAGGGCAACAUUUUGGGCAGUACACAGAGCAGAACACUAGAUGCGGACAAUCUGCUGAAGCCGACGUAUAGCUCCCAGCAGAGUAGAGCUCUCUCUGCUGCACCUGUGCUGGUCAACGACUAUCGCAUAAUGCCCACGAUUGCCGCCGGCCCUGAGGCCUUUCUGCGUCUGGCAACUGCCGAGAAGGACAACAAUGUGGGCACUGUGGCGCUGCGCUCGCUGCAGCCUGUGCCCUGGCCACGUAACACCAGGUUCCGCACCUACUACUCCAGUUUCAGUCUGCGCCGCGCACCCAAUGGGGAGUUGCUCUUCCAGAUCGAUGAGAUCUCGUACAUACCACCGGAUAUAUCCCUGCUGCAAGGCCGCAAUCUCUUCGAGGAUGAUGGAUACUUCUGCAACCGGAGUUCUCUCGUCGCGCAGGGUCGUAACUGUCAGCAGGAUGUGUGCGAGUGCCUGAACGUAAUCAGAAUGCCAGCCUACCGCCCCAUCGAGAUGGUGGUGGCCAACUAUAUGACCAACACGCAUCCCUACCACAUCCACGGCAACUCCUUCCGCCUCGUUGGUCAGGGUGUAGUGGGCAAUAUUGAUGAUCUUCGCAAUAUACAAUAUCUUGAUCGCCAGGGACGUUUGCCGCGCCUGCCCGAUCACUACCAUGCGGUGCUCAAGGACUCGGUGCAAAUACCUGGCUUGGGCUUCAUCAUUGUUCGCUUCAUUUCCGACAAUCCCGGCUUCUGGCUGUAUCACUGCCAUGUAGAGGCACAUGCAGUGCAGGGCAUGAUGGCCGUGCUCAAGAUUGGCGAGGAUUACCAGAUGAAACAAGUUCCGGCUCGUGUGCGUUGUUAGUUUUAGCAACAUUCAUAAGUAGUAUUAAAAGUUAUUUAAAUU